CACAGAAUCACUUCUCUACUCAGCAGUCUACAUUCACUCUAUCACAAACCCCUCAGCACCCUAAGAUCAUUCACCAUGAAGUUGUCUAUCGUUGCCGCAAUGCUUUUUGCCUCGCUCGCCGCUGCCGAGAUAAGGUACUUUUGCCUGAAAGGUGGAGACGCGAUCCCAAGAGAUGAAUGGAGCUGUUCUACUGCAGACAACCGAGCAUGCCAAAACAGAGGCUGUGUAGACGCUUGCUUUCCUGGUGCGAGUGCAGUUCAGGUAUACAGAGUGCAGUUGUAUGUAUCACGUCGCAGAAUUCAGAGAUGCAGAGACUUAUUUUGAUUACAGGAAGAGUCCAGAUGCUUGUUUUU